AUUAUUCCUUGUAGCUCCUAGGCUGUCACAUUAGUAAGAGUCUAGUUAGUUACUUAUUUCUAACGAUCGAUCAGAUUGAACUCCAGUCUCCAUGUCCAAGCAUCAAAGCUCGUUGGCAUUUAAAGAGAAUAGUUUUCCAAAGGGAAUCCCACCCUUAACAAUUGACCAAAGUUCCAACAUGGAUGAGAUUGUUGCAGCGCAACGAGUUACUUUGCAAACCUUGCAGCCAUCGGCCAGAACCAAGGGCCUUGUAGGCUCUCAUGGUCAAAUUGUUCAUCAUGGUAAGGAUUCCAAAUCAAAACAGAAAACUCAGGGCAAGAUCCAGGUCUUUGAAGACAAGACAAGCAAUACUGCACUAAAGAAGAUCAUGGUGGAAGAUCGUGGAGUCCAAACUGAUCCAGUAGUACUGGAAGGGUCUAAAUCUACAAACAGUGCUGACAUUGAUGUUGAAUAUUACAGCACUAUGGCUGAACGAAGAAGAGUUGCUCUUGCUGAAGCAUUAGAGGAAAAUGAACAACUACAUCUUGAACUUGAUAGCCUCAAAAGUGAGGUGAAUACCCUUAAAACUGAAAACAGUGUGCUCAAACCAUUAGCUGAUGAAGCUGAAUAUUUAGCUGGUGUUUUAAAGGGUCUUUUGGGCAGUCCAGAGGAAGAGGAACCAAAUGAAGAUGCCACAAAUGCCAGCACAAGUGAUAGUUGACGCUUAUCGACCUGAAGUCAUUUCAAAAUUGCCACGGUACCUCACAUUUGCAUUUUUUUUUUUAUUUUCAUGUCAAUUCUAAUCGGACUUGUAAAAAAAAACGUUUCAAUACAAAAUUUCGAAUUUUU